CCAUUAUUCCACGAGUAACUAGUACAAACAAUAUGGCGGCAUUUUGCAUUUAUGGAAAAGUUACAACACUGCUAGAUGGGUGUGUGGACUGUCUGGUGGGUAAUCUGUCUACCAGGGUGGAUGGUAUAGAGAUGUUGCCAGGCAACCUCAAGGACAAAUGCCUUUAUCUAAUGUCAAAACGAGGCUCUGUCACAGACACAAACAUAUCAAAGGUUUUACAUGAAAACCUGAAAGUGUUGGACCUGAGUGAAUGUGAAGUUUCUGAUACUGGGUUGCAGCAUCUCACAAAAUGUUCACAAUUGAAAAAGUUAGAUCUCAACUCGGCAAAACUGUCCCGUAGUGAGAUAACAUCUGAAGGUAUAGUAAAUGUGGCACAAGCAUGUGCACAGCUUCAGACAGUCUACCUACGGCGGUGUAUCAACCUUACAGACGACGCAGUUAUUGCCCUAUCCACUUCCUGUCCGCAGCUCCGCCUACUCAACAUCGGGGGAUGUCAUCAGCUCACGGACCAGUCACUUCUGUCGCUGGGACAAAACUCACACUUUCUCAAAAGUAUCAACUUCUCAAAGACAAAAGUGACAGACAACGGUGUGAUUGGCCUUGUCACUGGAAACUGCUCUAAAACAUUGAAGGAGGUACACAUGGAUGGCUGUGUUAACCUAACAGACGAGGCGGUGGAAGGCGUUUUACAGUUCUGCCCACAGAUCUCCAUCCUUCUAUUCCAUGGCUGUCCCAAAAUCACAGAGCAAUCAAGACAAGCAUUAGAGCAGCUGACCCUAGAUCGGAAAACACCCAUGAAACAAGUCACAUGGACUAUAUAUUGACCAAUAGGUAACCACGUAACAAGUCACAUGGACUAUAUAUUGACCAAUAGGUAACCACGUAACAAGUCACAUGGACUAUAUAUUGGCCAAUAGGUAACCACGUAACAAGUCACAUGGACUAUAUAUUGACCAAUAGGUAACCACAUAACAAGUCGCUUGGACUAUACAUUGGCCAUAGAUAACAAUGGCUUAACACCUUGGACAACUGACCAGUGGAAUGUUCAGCUGACCAUUAGUCUAAAAGUGCUGACCAUUUGUGCCAAAGAUAUUGCAUCACCUUGGAGGUUGUGAGCAGCAGACUCGAUCCAGUAUGAGUAAGACACUCUCAUUAAGACAAUGCCUUCAUGCUAUACAGCAUUUUUCCAAAUUGGAGUUCCUUUAUAUUUCGCCGAGACAUUCACUACAGCAAAGUAUUAUUGAAAGAAAUUACCUGGUAAUUAAUUCGAUAUUUAAAAAAAAAAAAAAAAUUUGUAAUCUCUAAACUAAGUUUAGAUGUUUAGGUUAUAGUUCUAAGACUAGUAUACUGCCCUCAGGGCACUUGUAAAGUGCCAGUGAUGAAAAUUUCAGCUCU